CAGGGGCGGACUGACCAUUUGGGAACUCAGGCACUGCCCGAGGGCCCAGGCUCAGUAGGGGGCCCCAUGAGAUGCCCCUGGUACCUUUUUCAUAGGCUUUUUGGUGUGGGCAAGGACACUGGGGCCCCAUGAUCCCCUAUUGCCCGGGGGCCCCAUGAGUUGUCAGUCCACCCCUGGUUGUACCCAAGUUGAUCAAUCUAUUUGGGUACAUUCAGCCUGCCCAUACAUGGUUUUAAUCUCAGCUGGGUCAGUAGGGGGCCCCAUGAGAUGCCCCUGGUACCUUUUUCAUAGGCUUUUUUGAGUUUGGGCAAGGACACAGGGGCCCCAUGAUCCCCUAUUGCCCGGGGGCCCCAU